AAUUGACACAGCUGUCUGUCUGCUGUCUGUCAAGUGAGUUUGCCAUGGACGAAUAAUUGUGUGUUUUUUAGCUAUAGUUUUGUUUAAUUUCUUGAGUAUUUCACGGGUAUGAUGAAAACCACCUGUCAAUGGAAUUUUAAAUCUGUCCAGUCAUAUUUCAAGCUUUUUGCUCUAGUUCCCCAAGACUCGCUGCUAUCCACUGUCUUUCUCAUGAGCGAUGAAUGAACUUUGAGCUCCUACCUGUUAGUUGUUGAUCAGUUUUGAAAAGUCAGGCAAAUGUAAAGUCAACAAUGUAUUUUACGUAUCUGCCGUCUUUUAUAAUGGGACUCAUGUACGCGCUAUUAUAGCCUCAUCUUUCAAUCGACAUGAUUUCUCCUAAUUUGGAUCCAGUUUGAUCUUGCUACUCUACCGUUUGAUGGGUCGUCACACUCUCAUUUAAGAUGCCUUUGAUUGAUAUUUUCAAAAGGGCAUCUAAACUUGUGUUAAAUUUACAACAUGCUGAUGCUGUAACAUCCUAUGAAGAAGGCGAAGUUGUAUUCUGCAAAAACAAUGUUUGUGUUCAUCCACCAACUAUCCUUCGUCAAGAGACCGAAAUUAUUCAUCAUCCUGGAUACUUGACCAUAAGUUGCCAACGUAUCAAUAAGUAUUCUGAACUUGAUAAUUGCAAUGAUACAACUCUAAUUUUAACAUGGAUUCCGAAUGCUACUUUGCGAAAAUGUCCAUCAUCUGUCGAGAAGCUGUCGGCCAAGGGAAGGAAAGAGCAAGGUAGCAAGAUCAGCGCUAGUCCAAAAUUUGAUUCCCUGUCUCCAAAUCGUAAAAAUUCAGUGCAGAGCGUGUCAUCUUAUGACAGCCAUGAGUCAGCACUGUCCUAUUCUCCAUCCUUUGAGUGCAGAGAUAUUCUGAGAACCAAAAAUUCAGUUACCAGCUCAAGAAGUCAUUUAUCUGAACAUUAUGAUGGCGUUUCGGUCGGCAGUAUUCAGGAAUCACUCAAAAGUAACUUCAGUGAUAAGUAUAGUCUCCAAGUAGAUCUCGUAGACAACGAUGAAAUUUGUAGAAUCACCAUGGAAGAGGCCAGUUUCACGCCUACGAAUUGUAAAGAAAAUCCUCAAACAGAUGAUAUGUGCUCUAAGAAAAUGUUUAGUACUUCAUCUGCAAAUGAAGAUAGUAAUCCAAAGGAUUUUGAUGAAUCUGUAAGUAGAUAUUCAGGAGGCAAGGGAAACAUUGCCUCCCAAAUUAUUUCAUGUGCCAACCAUUACAAUGAUAGUUGCAAUGUACAAGAGAGUUCUUCUCUCAAUGAAGUAGAAAACACUGCCAGCAAAUUUAGAAAGAAUUCAUUAAAAAAUUUCUCAGUAGCAGUUGACCAGAGUGAGUCAAGCACUAAAAUGAACGCCAUAAACAGCGGUAUAACUACCCUUUCCAUAGUCAAAGAUGUCUCUUGUUGCACCAAAGCUAGCACUGAUCUCGACCAAGAGUGUAAAUGUGAAGGAUCUCACGUAUGUUCCACAAAAGAAGUAGCAGAUAGUGCUCGAGAGGAACUCAGUACAAUAUCAGAGGACUCUUUAUUAAAUUUAGAUUCUAGUCAUAAAAAAUUAGAUAAACCUGAAUUUUCAGGAGCUCCCCUGUGCAAUAAAGAUGGUGCCAAGGUUAGCUCUUCAUUACUUUUGGAGAGUAACGUCUCCAGUGGAAAUGAUAAAUCUGGGCUUAUUUCAUUAGAUGACAGCAAUAAAGAUGUUACAAGCAUAAAAAAUUCUCCUUCGAAAUCGAGUGCUUUCAGUUUUUCAUCAAGCAGUGAUUUUACCAAUGCAACAAGCAUCGACUCAACCAAUGAUUCAGCAGAGAAGGAAGUCAGUCCCCCAAAGUCACCCUCUGAUUGCAGCGAUUCGAACAGUUGUGAAUCCAGCGCACCAUUGUGGACUUACUCUUCUGAGUACUUGAACAGAAGACGUUACUUACCAGAGAGUAAUUCGGCAUCUCCUGCAACUAUACGGCAAAUUCAACGUAGUUGUCAAAAAUUUUCCGUAGAUUUAGGUGAAAUGCGAUCUCUGAGGUUGUUCUUCAGCAACGGUGAUACAUCCUCUGGUCAGUUAGUAAUUGCCUCAAGAGAAAGUCAGUACAAAAUUCUGCAUUUUCAUCAUGGAGGCUUGGAUAGAUUGGCUCAAAUUCUGCAGGAAUGGAACCGAUUAUCCAACUUUGAUCCCAGCAGCGUUAACAGUUCAGAAGAUGUCCCCUACCGUCAUUUUAUGAUUUGUCGUCCUGAGGUAAACAAAGACGACCUCCAUCCAGAAGAAGGUAAAGUUCCGAUUUUAACAGAAGAGCUGUGGUGCAACUUACUCAAUGAAGUCGGACAACUGGAAGAUCCAUUAUUCCUGCGAAAGUCUGUUUUCUUCAAUGGUCUCCCUCAAAAUCUGCGACGAACGGUCUGGCCGUUUUUACUCCAGAUCUACCCGUAUAGCUCCACGUUCGCAGACCGAGAAACAAUCGUGCAGAUACGGAAAUUAGAGUACCAAGAAAUCAUCCAUCGUAGAUCAAAGCUCAGCGGGGUCAACAAAGAGAACUUCAUGCGGAAUGUUCAGUCAGUCAUUGAGAAAGAUGUCGUUAGGACAGAUCGUAACAACCCCUUUUAUGCCGGGGAUACUAAUCCCAAUUUGGAAACUAUGAAGAAUAUUUUAUUAAACUAUGCAGUUUAUGAUUCAUCUCUAGGUUACCUACAAGGGAUGUCUGAUUUAUUGGCCCCUCUUUUGGCAGAAAUACGAGAUGAAAGCGAGUCAUUUUGGUGCUUUUGUGGUUUGAUGCAACGAAGACUUUUUGUUUGCACUCCAACAGAUGCUGAUAUGGAGAAAAAUUUGCGACACCUUCGUGAGCUAAUUCGGAUAAUGGUACCUGCCUUUUACUCUCACCUCUUAAAACAUGAAGAUGCCAUGGAAUUACUAUUCUGUCAUCGUUGGAUACUGUUAUGUUUCAAGCGUGAGUUUCCUGAAUCCAUUGUCUUUCAAAUCUGGGAAGCAUGUUGGUCGAACUACUUGAUUGACUAUUUCCAUCUUUUUAUCUGCCUGGCCAUUGUUGCUGCCUACUCUCCAGAUGUUAUUGCUCAAGAUCUCAGGACAGAUGAGAUGCUUCUUCAUUUCAGCUCUCUUUCUAUGUACAUGGAUGGUGUUCUCAUCCUAAAAAAAGCUCGAUGGUUACUGUACAGAUUUCGACAACUUCUAGUCAUUCCUUGUUCCUUGGCCAUGCUCUGUCAAUAUAGUGGUCCGGGAAUGUGGGACAAUUCACACACGCCCUCUGUUAAGUGUCUGGAUGACCCCACGUACUGCCCUGAGACCCCAUGUCCUUACAGGGGAUGUUUUGGGCCAGACAGCUAGUCAUUAUCAAAUCUCAUUCAUGCCAUAAGCAAACUAUUGUUCCAAUGUUUCAAUAUUUUUAGAAACUCCUGUUACCUAAAAGCCUCUAUCUAUGAGUAUAUGAAAUCCGAUAUAUCCCAGCCGGAGAAGUGCUUAUGCCAAAUUAGCUGCUCAACUCCUGAAGCACAGCUGGAGAUCCGCCGUCUUUUCUCGAAAUGAAUCUGUUGUGCCAGUCACAUAAUUGUAAUUUGAUGGUUAAUGUACACUAAUUAGGAGAGAACAAUAUGGACCGCAUUAGCCAGAAAAGAACCAAGCCACAUCAGCUAUUGCCAAAUUUAAUUGGGCAAUUUAAUUUCUUACAUGGAAACAGAGGUGCGGAUUUUUGGGCAAAAUUCAGUGAAUUUUCUACAUCGUACGAAGAGAAUUCCCUAUAAUUUUCAAAGGAAUCUGCGCAAACGCUCUCUUGUAAAAAAUUAAAUUGCCCAGUUAAAUUUGGUAAUAGCUGACGUGGCUUUGUUCCUUUCUGCUAAACACGGUCCAUAUAACCUUUUUGAAUGCCAAGCUUAUGGGUUCAGUAUCAGCAGAGAUGUGGUUUGAAACUCUGAGUAACAUCAUGCACAAAGAUUUAUCAUGUGAAGGGUUUUUUUUCACCUUGGAUUCUUUAAACAGUGGUGCUUAUUCUAACAAUAGUUACUCCCCGUUGCUUACUGGUCCAUCAAAGUUUAGACAAAGCCUUUUUAUCUUUGCCCAUUCAUAAGUUUCAAUAGAGAACUUGUUUUAAGAUUCAAAAAAUUGACCCACUGAAGUUUCCAUUUAAAACUGAUGAUGGUAUAUUCUUUGGUUUUCAGAUUAAAAAUGUAAUUUCAUUUCAAAGGUGCAAAAUUUCUACUCGCAAUUUUUACAUUUAUGUACCUAGAAACUGUAUGAAAACUUUUAUUGUUUUCUCUAAAGGUUGUUGCCGUUGUUGGUAAAAGCUAGCAAGGCUUAUGGUGGAUAUUGUGCAGUCAUAUUUGUGGAAAAGGUGAAUUGCUUCAGUAAAUCUUGCAACACGGGAACGGCGUAAUAUUUUUUUUGCUUGGAUAUUGAUUGAGUUUCUGUCCCAUAGCAUAAGUCAUCCAACUAAUUUGAUGUGAACUCUGCCUCUUGUAAACUCAUUUCAGAGGCAAUUUUUGUACUUAAAAACUUUCUCUCCAUCUCCUGUUUGCAGUUUUGUUUACACUGACUGACCACCUCUAUCAAUGUUUUUCUUUCUUUUUCUCUUUUUUUUACCGCUUUUAUUUUACGCAUAAGAUAACUCAUAUUGUUGAGUAUUUGUUCUUAGUUAAUUGUCUUUGACCAUCACUUCUCUGCCAUUUACUUAUUAAGUUCUCAAGCUCUAGUGUAUCAAAUAUGUACAGUGCACAAAGUGCCUCUCAGAUAUUUGUAGUGGUUGAACCAUUUUUAUCGGUCAGUAGGCUCCAAUUUGAAAGAUAAUCAACCAACCCAUCAACUUGAAAGUUAACAGAGCAAAGAAGAUUAAGGUCACCACUCUUCAAAUUGGUGGGAAAUUUUGUGGAGAGUCCGUAUGAUAACUGUAAAAGCCAAUGGGAAGGAAUGUGAAAGUAUGAAAGCUCGAAAGAUUCCGUACCCCGUGUGCAAUCAAGGCAAUUUUAGGUCCACUGAGUUUCAAACUUUUUAAUUGACCCCUGCAAUAUUUUAGUUAUCUCCAAGUUAAGUUUUAAGUCUGGGACAGGUGCUUCUGUGGCCAAAUGUUGUUUUGCAGCUGUAUUUUUCAGAGUCUUUAGUGAGUUAUCUUUCUUAAUGUUACCACAGUUUUACGUUAAUUUUUAAACAUGGAGAGUUAUUAUAUACUUUAUCCCUAAAUAACAUCAAGGUUUUCUUUUCUUUUCUUUUCGUUUUUUUUAAAUAUUAUAGUAUGGAUCCAUUCGAUUCCUUUUCUGUGAAAUCAUCUGGAAAUUGUAAUUGUAUCUUAAAUUUUCUCGCAUUCUCUCAGGUUCUUAUAUUAAUGCCCUCAAUUACAAAUAGAAAUUCCACAUCUUUAUCCGCUUGACUAGUAGAUUUUAAAUAGGUUGUGGUUUGCAGCUUGAUGAACGCGUCGUUUAGAGAAUGUUCGUCAUUCUGCCAAUGUACAUUAAAUUUCAGUAUAAAACUGACAUUAUUAUUCAAGAGAGAAGUAGCACCAAAGAGAGAACACAUUUUCUAUCCGAACUUGGAAACAAAAAAUCAGAAGGCUACGCUGCACUGAUGAUGGGUCUAACUAGACCCAAAACGCAUUUCUUUUUGAAAACAUUAAAUUUUUUCCUAAUGUAUUUCAUUACAGUAUACAUUUACCAUUACAAUACUGACAUUUUCGAUUCAUUUCAGAUUGGAUACCCACAAUUUAAUUAACCGAAGAAAAACGAUGAUGGUUCAGGGCUUAACCUUGGUCAGGGUGUCUAGAAAAAUGUUCCUCUUAUCUCCCUGACUUACAAGGUUUUCUGUGGCUCCCAAAUUUUCUGGAGUUGCUUUACUGGUUAGCCGUAACUAGUGGGGCACCAAACAGCAUAACUCUCUACAGAGAAAAUUUGUGCUCUGCUUUGAUUCAUUUCGCUCUUAAAUGAGAAUGUCAGUUUACACUGAAAUUUAACAUAUGUUGGCGGAAUCACCAAACUUCUCUCCAGGUUUUCGAUAAUUUCCCACACUACAGUAAUUCUAGUUGUAAACUUUUUUUAAAAUUAAAAUUACUGUUGAGGUAGAUCUAAUAUUGCCUCCAUCUAAAUCAUUACUCAUGUUUUUGUUCAUUUCUUUGAGGCCAUUAGAAUAAUUUAAUUUUCAAUCCUUGUAUUGAUGGUUUAAUAAGAAAAACACCCAUCUCAAUUGUAUCGUUUCAAAACUUCUGCUCACAUCAAUUUUUUCUCGGAGAAAAUCAAACCGACCCUGUUGCUUCAAGCUCUCAUAAAAUAUUCAUCACAAAAAAAAGUAACAUCACAGGAGUCUUCAAAAAAUUUCAGUGCUGAGUUUCCAGUUUAAAUAAUGAAGUUUGACAGUUGAUUUAGAGCAUUGCAAGCAGAUAUUGGUGUUUAGUCUGAUUUACCAUCAAUUUGAAUAUUUGGCAUUGUGAAGAAGGAGAGAAGAUAAGUAUGUUUUACCAAAAUUUUCCAUUUCAUUUGUCGUAAAAUCAAUUAGCCAAGAGCUGUAGCAGGUGAAAUACCUAAUUAAACAACUUCAUGCCCAUCUAAACUUCUAAUUAUUUUGCAACUAGUUACGUAGCCAAAACGACUCUCAUAGGAGCAAAGGCUUGGAAAUAAUUCUUUAUUUUCAUUUAGUGUAAUCCGUUGAAUAGCUGUGACAAAAAUGAGAAAAAUUUCACCUAUUUCUAAAUUUUCACCCUCUUCAAUUGUAAUUACUUUGCAUCAUAGGUAUGAAAACAGCAGAAAGAAUACUUUAUGUGUAAUUUCAAUAGCUGAUCAAGUGUCCAUUUGGAUCCAUAGUACUUGAAGAAAAUCUGAUUAAAUGUUAAACCAGCCCAGCUCAACCUGAAUCAAUUACUCCUGUUCAAUUAGAUAUUUUGCUCCUUAAUUUUACCUACUCUCUCAAUUAAUGCUAAAAAAUUGGUAGCUUUUUUUUUCCAUUAUUCUGAGUAUAUAAAAAUUAUUUAAUUCUCAUCUCAGGUUUCUGGCAGCGCAGAAUUAAGCCGUAACUAUUUUGAUAUUUUGUUGCUUUUUUUUUAUAAAGGUUAGUUUUCGAAUCCUACCAUUCACUCUUUCAGGGCUUAUAAUCUCCUCUCUUCUCUCUCAAAAAGUUUUUGAUAAAUCUAAGUAGCCAUAUUUUUGCAUUUUACCUACAGACUAGUUAAUAAGUAUUUAUAUUAUUUUCUUUCUUGUUUCAUCUUAUUUAUUUGUUCUUGUUGUCCUGAAUUUUAUCACCAAAAUACAACAAAAUUACAAAAUUA